AGACGUUUCACGCCCGCACUGACUUUUGAGAGCACAGUAUGACAGUAAUCAAGAUUAAUCAAGAAAACACGGAAAGGGUAACAAUACAGAAGGUGAGAUUUCAAGGACAUGUAAGGCCCCACUAGCCCAUUUUUAAAAUUCAACGAGUAGGAAAUAGGGCGUGGUUUUACAAGUUGGUUUUCUACGUGAUAGGCAGAAUCUUUUUUAAUUGCUUUUAUUAAAGUAACCUCCCUCCGCACUUAUGGUAUUUGCAUUCUAUUACUUCAUUUUUAGUCUGUGGUUUUCCUGGCAGUGACAGAUAAAAACUUUAGGGAGGUUAACUUUUUUGUUGUGGAUAACAUAUGGAAUUUGAAAUCCAACAUUUUAAAAAGACAAAGUACGAAAUAGUGCAAUUAAAAUAUUAACAAGGCACCCAAAGUAAAACUUGGAAAUCUCAGGUGCACUAUUUUUUCUAAAAAAGUGAUAAUACUCCAAACAAUGUGCAAUAGAGUGUGAAAAAUGGAGCGGUAUGCCACGUUACUAUUUGCGCUAUCAGCGCACAUAUUAUUAUCGGACUUUGUGAAGCCCAUUUAUGCUCAGCAGCCACCCGAUCAUCAGCCCAUUCAACAUCAACAGCAGUUACCCUCUCAACAAGUACCAGUUCAGCAUCAACAAAUGCCCCCACAGCACCAAGUACCUCUACAACAUCAGGAAGUUCAGCAUCAACAGGUUCCUGUACAGCAUCAACAGGUACCUAUACAGCACCAACAGGUUCCUGUACAGCACCAACAGGUACCAGUACAGCACCAACAGGUACCAGUACAGCAUCAACAGGUACCUGUACAGCACCAACAGGUACCUGUACAGCACCAACAGGUGCCUGUUCAGCACCAACAGGUACCAGUACAGCAUCAACAGGGUCCACCCCAAAUGCCCCAGAUGCAUUAUCAACAAGAGUUACCUCCACAACAUAUGCAGCAACAAAUUCCAAUGACCACAGUUCCAUGGUAUGAGAAUCUCCCAGCUGUUGCAAUGGACUACAAGGUUUACAUUGAGCCAGGGAAGGAGGACUGCUACUUUCAGUAUGUGAACCCAGGAGCCACAUUUUAUGUCAGUUUUCAGGUUGUAAGAGGAGGAGAUGGGAUGGCAGGUUUUGCAGUACGUCACCCCUCGGGCCAAAUUGUUCACCCCUAUCAAUGGAAGCCAAGCAGCGAAUACCAAGACCAAACGUCCACAGGCGGAUACUAUUCAGUGUGCAUCGAUAACCAGUUCUCUAGAUUCGCGGGCAAGCUAGUCAACAUCUACAUGACGGUAGUACGCUACGACAUGUGGGACAAGUUCACUCAAGAAGUAGAGGAACUCAACAUGAACAUGGAGAACUUUACUCACACGAUAGUAACUGUAGAAAAGAACAUCAAUGACAUGUUGCAAUACCAGUACCACUCUAGAGCAAGGGAAUCUUGGGACUACAACUUGUUGCAAGAUAACAAUACGUAUGUGGUAAGAUGGUCGCUGAUUCAAAUUAUGAUUAUUGUAGUUACCACUGCUAUUCAGGUUUAUUUUGUAAGGAAGCUGUUUGAUAUUAAAGUGGGGAGUGGGGGAGGAAAAACCAGAAUAUAAUGCUUGUGAUUUGUAUCAGGGUAAAUAAUUUUUAGGGAACAUUCUUCUGAUAGAUUUGAUUUCACUAAAGGUAUUAUGAGAACAAAUGUAAUAACAAAGGAUGUGAGAGGGGAAUCUUAGAUUCAGAAAUUCAUAAGUUGUCUUCCUAGCUAUUUCCUUAUAAGUUUAAACACUAUCACUUUGAAAGAAAAUAAAAUUGAGAAUAGUUAAUUUUUAAUAUGCGAUGUUUUUGGUCAUAUAUUUUGUUGUCUAAACAAAUAAUUAAUCUCUAGUUAUCGAAUCUUUAUUAAAAUCAAAGUCUGAUUUUAUUUAUUUAACUUUGCUCUCUGCGAGCCUAAAGUGCACAAAUUGUUUCUUUAAUGACUGAUUAUGAUCUUUGCAACAAAAGGCUCAAGUGCCAAUGCAUUUACUUUCGCUAGGUAGUUUACUAUUUAGAUCAACUGUACUAGUAAUCUUUUAUAUUGUAUAUUUUAUCAAAUUUUUAAAUUGGUGUUUACUCACGUUAUUUUUAAUAUCCAUGUUAUAAUUACUUGUAUGGAUGUUGUUAGAAGGAAUAAAUCUACUUUUAUAUAUAAAUGG